CGGAGCAGAAGCAAAGAGGCACGCUGGCAGGUUCCCGGGGAAGCUGGAGCCCGGGGCUUGCGGCCGCUGCAGCUGGGAGCGGGGGGAAGUGUGCGCUAUGCCUUUAACGCCUGGGUACAGUAGACAUGUCUAGUGUGUAGUGUAGGGAAACUCUAGGCGGGGUUAAAGUUCAGCUCAUGGAGCUGAUCAGCGCUGGCUGCAGUUUAGCAGAGUUGGAAAUGUGAAAGCAAGAAGCAGGCUUGAUUCUCCCCCCCCUCUUUCUUUUUUUUUCUCUCUCUCUCUGUCUUCUCUCUCUCCCUCUCUCCCUCCCUCCCUUUCUCUCUCUCCCUCUCACUCACACACCUCCAAGCCACAAACCCCCCCGCACCAAUCAUGUAUUCUCCUCUCUGUCUUACCCAGGAUGAAUUUCAUCCUUUCAUUGAAGCACUUCUCCCCCAUGUCCGAGCAUUUGCGUAUACAUGGUUCAACCUACAAGCUCGAAAGCGAAAAUACUUCAAAAAACAUGAGAAACGCAUGUCAAAAGAGGAAGAGAGAGCUGUGAAGGAUGAAUUGCUAAGCGAAAAACCUGAGGUCAAGCAAAAAUGGGCAUCCAGGCUUCUGGCAAAGUUACGGAAAGACAUCAGGCCCGAGUAUCGGGAGGAUUUUGUUCUAACUGUCACAGGGAAAAAACCUCCAUGUUGUGUCCUUUCCAAUCCAGACCAGAAAGGCAAGAUGAGAAGAAUUGACUGCUUACGCCAGGCAGAUAAGGUCUGGAGGUUGGACCUUGUUAUGGUGAUUUUAUUUAAAGGUAUUCCGCUUGAAAGUACUGAUGGCGAACGCCUUGUAAAGUCCCCACAGUGCUCAAACCCAGGGCUGUGCGUACAGCCACAUCAUAUAGGGGUUUCUGUUAAGGAACUCGAUUUAUAUUUGGCAUACUUUGUGCACGCAGCAGAUUCAAGUCAGUCUGAAAGUCCAAGCCAGCCAAGUGAUGCUGAUAUUAAGGACCAGCCAGAAAAUGGACAUUUGGGCUUCCAAGACAGUUUUGUCACAUCAGGUGUUUUCAGUGUGACUGAGCUAGUAAGGGUCUCACAAACACCAAUAGCCGCAGGAACAGGCCCUAAUUUCUCACUCUCAGAUUUGGAAAGUUCCUCAUACUAUAGCAUGAGCCCAGGAGCAAUGAGGAGAUCUUUACCAAGCACUUCCUCUACCAGCUCUACAAAGCGCCUCAAAUCUGUAGAGGAUGAAAUGGACAGUCCUGGAGAAGAAUCAUUUUAUACAAGCCAAGGGCGGUCUCCAGGAAGUGGCAGUCAGUCAAGUGGAUGGCAUGAAGUGGAGCCAGGGAUGCCAUCACCAACUACAUUAAAGAAGUCAGAGAAGUCUGGUUUCAGCAGUCCCUCGCCUUCGCAGACCUCCUCCCUUGGAGCAGCAUUCACACAGCAUCAUCGACCUGUCAUUACAGGACCCAGAGCAAGUCCACAUGCAACACCAUCGACUCUUCAUUUUCCAACAUCACCCAUUAUUCAGCAGCCUGGGCCAUACUUCUCACACCCAGCAAUCCGCUAUCAUCCUCAGGAGACUCUGAAAGAGUUUGUCCAACUUGUCUGCCCCGAUGCUGGUCAGCAGGCUGGACAGGUGGGGUUCCUCAAUCCCAAUGGUAGCAGCCAAGGCAAGGUGCACAAUCCAUUCCUUCCUACCCCAAUGUUGCCACCACCACCUCCGCCACCGAUGGCCAGGCCUGUGCCUCUGCCAGUGCCAGACACAAAGCCUCCAGCCACGUCGACAGAAGGAGGUGCCACCUCUCCCACUUCACCAACCUACUCGACACCCAGCACCUCCCCUGCAAACCGAUUCGUCAGUGUUGGACCACGGGAUCCAAGCUUUGUAAAUAUCCCUCAACAGACACAGUCCUGGUACCUGGGAUAAAACCCAUAGCUUCCCACCAUCCACCAGACAGACCACCUGACUCCUUCCCAACUCUGUAACAUGGAAGCAGCAGCAACACAGUGCAGUUACUUCACAUCCGUGGAAGGGGAGAAGAACAGAUAUCAACAGCAAAAUGAUCAUACUCAGAAACGGCAAAAGUUAUGGUUGAUUGACAAAGGCCGUAACAUGGGGGGGAGGAGGUUUUUUUUUU